AUGCAGAAUAGACCAUACUCAGCAAUAAUGAAAUUGAAAUCUGAGACUUCUGAAGUUCGUUCUAGAGAUUCAAUGUCUCAUUUAAUGUUCACACCAAAGUCUAAAAAAGUUAUAAGUCCUCCAGCAAAAUGUUAUGCUGAUGGAGAAAAUCUUUAUAUAUAAAAUAUUCAUUAAAAAUAAGAAGUUAAUGUACUUCGUAUGUAGAAUAUUAAGUUACGUACUUUGAUUCAAUAAUUAUAAGUAAUAGUUUAGAUUUGAAUUUGUAUUAUUUAGAAUCGUGUUUAUUAAUUAGAAAAAGUUGAUCGAUUAUAAUUAUAGACAGAUCCAUUAGGAUUGACAACAUCAAAAUAGGAAGGAAGCAUUGUGCCAAUUUUAAAAGCAAAGAUUAGAGAAUAAGCUUAAUAAAUAUCCGAGCUUACUGAAGAUUUAAAAAGACAAUGCAAAUCAGUUAAAUUAACAUAACUUGUAGAAUUACAAAAAGAAAUUAAGAACCAAUAAGAUGAAAUCAUGAGAUUAAAACAGUUUUAAUUAGUCGCCAUUAAGGUGACAGAUCAAGAGUAUGUGCUUUCCAUAUGAAAACAGUUUAUUUAGUAAUCCAGAUAUAGGAGAGCGUAUUAAAAAUUAUGUGUUGACCAUAAAUGCCCAAGAGAAACAAAUUGAAGUACUAGAAAAGUAAAUUAAUCAACUAAAAUAUGAAUAUUAAGAACUCAUUGAAGAUAAUAUGAAGGUGUAAGAAGAAAUUAAAUAUAUCACUUUCGAAAAAACUCAAUUAAAAAGAAAACUUGAGGAUUAAAUUAUUACAGAAACUGAAUAAUAUCAGUUAAAGAAAAGAGAAUAUUUAGAAAAGAAAUUACAGUUAUCUAUUUAUUUAUAUAGUAGGAGUGUAUUAAAAUAAGUAGACACUUUAAAAGGUGAAUUAUCUUUAUAUGAAAAUAAAUAUAAAUCUCUAACUAAAUAAUAUCAAGAUUAAGAUAGAGAAUUCAAAUAAUAAUUAGUUUUAUAUCAAAAAACUAAAAUGAACUUAGAAGAUGCAAUAAUUAAGAAAGAUUAACUUAUGUAUAAUUGCCAAUUAUAUUUUAUUAAUUAGUCAAGAUUUAUAAGAUCGUGUUGCUAUAUAAGAUUUACUUAAAUAGAAGAAUCCUUCUGAAGAACAUUUAGUUAAACAUUUAAUUCCACCCAAAUGUUAUCGUUCUUCAUUUACUUAAUUCCCAGAUAUUGAGUAACCAUAACCUAAAGCUACAGACAUUAUCAAUACUCAUCCAAUAGACAAAGAAAGAUUAUAAGUAUUACUUGAAGAUCUUAGAUACAAAGUUAUUUCAUUGUGUUUAACUAAAUCAAGAUUAUAAUACUUAUUAAAAGGGAUAGAAUUUAUUCAAUUAAAAUAAGGGUUAGAUUUUUUUAUGAAGAGACCAUUUAACUAUCAAGAAGAAGAUGCUCUACUUUUAAGUAGAUAUUAUAUAGGAGAAGAUUAAGGAUAUGGGUAUAAAAUUUAAUGGGAAGAUACUUAGAGUGUUAAUGAUAUGAUUUCUAAAAUUACUCCAAGUAAAGAAGAUACUUUAUUCAAUUACAAAACUAUUAUUAAUAAAAAAACUUUGAUAAAGUUUCUUAAUGGAGAAAUGAAAUUAUUAAAACUAUAAGACACUAUUUACAAUAUUGACGAUUAUAUUAUAUAUAUUUAAAACAAUACUAAAUGGAAUUAGGAAUAAUUAAGUUUUCUCAGAUUGAUUAAUUCUUUGUAUUUUGGUGAUUAAUUAAAAAUAGAUUAAGGAUUUUUACGUUUAUAUUUGAGAGAGGAAUGUGAAUUGAUGGAUUAAUAAAAUAAAUUAUAAAAGAUUGAUUUUCAAAUAUAUAGAUCAAUUCCAAAGGCAAUAAUAUAAUAGAAUGAUGAUGAAGAAAUGAUAGAAUAGAAAUCAGAAAUGAAAAUUUAGAUUAAAGUUGAACCAGUUUUAACAUUAUCAUGUAAAAUAAUUAUUUAAUCUAGAAUUAAGAUUAAAUGAUUAUUCAUUAUUGAAAACAUCAGAAAGUCGAAAACCAACAACAUGUGGAAGAGAGAAUGUAAUAUAUAGUGAAAAUUAUGUUGAGAGCAUACCUUUAGUAAAGAAAUAAAGUGAGUAGAUAAAAUUUGUAGAUUUAAAAGUAGAGGAAAUAAAAGAAUAGAAAAUUGAAAUAAAGGAAAAUUAGAAGGAAAUAAAGGAAUAGUAGAAGGAAGAGAAAUAGAAUGAAAUUAAAAUGUUUGACAGUUUCUUGUAGCCACCAUCAUUAUUAAAAAAUAAAGCAUAAAGUGAAGAGGAGGAAUAAAUUGUAUAAGAAGAAAUUUAUUGUGAAGAAUUGUGAUUUGGU